UUUAAGUAUGGCAAAUAAAAUAUACAUAAAUGAUCUCUAUUCAAUACGUAAAAAAUUUAUUAUUAAUACUGUUGAAAUUUUAAAUAACAAAAAUGCAACAGAAAUAUUAGAAUUCUUGAGUUUUAAAAAUGUUAGUUCUUCAGCAAAAGUUAUGAAUGAAUGGGUUGAAAAACAAACAAAUAAUAAAAUCAAAGAUUUUCUUCAACCUGAUGACAUUGAUAAGAAUUCUUAUCUUAUUCUCAUCAACGCAAUAUAUUUCAAAGGAAUGUGGAAACAUAGUUUCGAUGAAAAAGAAACAUUCGACAGAAAGUUUUAUGUUGAUAAAAAUACUCAAAAGAACGUUCCAACUAUGAGAAUAACUGAUGAAAUAUUUUAUAAAACCCAUGAAGGACUUGGUGCUCAAAUUAUUCGGCUUCCUUAUAAGGUAGCAGAUGACUAUGAUCCAAUGAGUAUGAUUAUUAUUUUACCCAAUGAGGGUCAAACAUUGUCCGAUAUUAAAAAAAAAUUGAAUACUGUUACAUUUGAGUCUUUAUAUCCAAAUAAUACAUCAAAAAUUACGUUAUUUUUACCAAAAUUUAUGAUUACAACGAAAUUAUCACUCAAUGAGCACUUGCAAGAAAUGGGAAUCAAAGAUGCAUUUACAUUCAAUGCCAAUUUCAGUGGAAUCACUAAGCGAAAUAAAAUUUCUAUCAGUAAAGUUAUACAACAAGCAUUCAUCGAAAUAAAUGAAGAUGGCACUGAAGCUACUGCUGUCACAGAAAUAGAUGCUAUACUCUUAAUGUCGGGGGGUCCACCUCCUUCUCUUCGAAUAGCUAUAAAUCGUCCGUUUCUUUUUCUUUUGGCAACCAAACGUGUUAUUCUUUUUACAGGAUAUGUCAACGACCCAACUUUAAAAUAAAAAUUUGCGCUUAAAUCAUUAUUUUGUUUUUUUUUAAUUAUCAAAGAUGUUUCUGAUAAUAAA